AUGAUUUUGAAAAAAAAUGCCAAAUAUGAAUCAAGAAGACAAAUGUUAUAUGAAUUAUCAAAGAAGGUUGAACUAUAAGAAUUAACAUAAACUAUAUUAGAAGAUAUAGGAGAUCUUUAAUAUCUAUACAAAUCUUAUUCAUAGAAUUAUUUUGAUAAAAAAACUGUUGAAAUUUUAGGUGAUGAUCCAAUAUUAAAAGGCUAAAAGCUAAUAAAUAUGAUAUUAAAUAGAGAUAAUUAUGAUUCUAAAGAAAGAAUAAGAAAAUCUCUAAUAAAUUUGCAUUGUUCUAACACAAUUUUUCCAGAGAUAAUCCGUUUCUUAAAAGUUGAUAAUUAGAAUAUUGAAAUUAAGUAUUGUAAUGAACUAGAAAGAAAGUUAAUCAAAUAUGAUUAAGAGAAAUAAGUAAAAAAAGAAGUUUACACUUAGAUUGAAUAAAGUUCUGAUUAAACACUAAUAUUAAUCCAUUUAAUGUGUAUAAAACAUAAAAUCACGAAUGAAUAAGACUUUUUAAGUUAUUUCAAUACAUCAAAGGACUUCUAAAUAAUUAAAGAAUUGCAUGCUAAAUGUUAAGAAUUGGAAUUCAACUUUUUAGAGAAAAAUACUCAAUCGAUUAUAAAAAUUGUUGCAGAAUUCUAUUUAUUGUUCUCUAAAUUUUGUUAAAUAAUUAAACCUAAAUAAGAAAAAUGUACAAAGUUAAUAUUUAGAGUUUUACUUUAAUUAUUAUUGUAUUAGAAUAUAGUCAUUCCUGAAUUACUUAGAUUUAUGAAAAUUAUUAGAACUAGUGCAGUUUAUAAUGUUUAGUAUAGUUUUGGAAUGAUUGUAGUCAAACCAACUGUAAAACUCUUAGCAUAAAUGAGUUAAAUUCCUCAUAUUAGUACAUAGGUUGAAUUAUUAAAAAUCAAGAAACUGAAUUUAAAUUCUAAUUUACCAAAAUAUGAUUAAUUUUAUCGGCAAGUACUCACUCAUUUUCCUAAUAUUUUGUAAAUAGAUACAGAUAAAGUCAUUGUGAAUUAUCUAGAAAAGUUAACUCAGAAUUAUCAUCGAUAUAAAUUCUGAAGAAGAAUUUGAAGAAUAUGGAACUAAUGUUUUAAAGAUAGGAACUAUGCUAUUUAGAUUAAGAGAAAAGAUAUUUAGAAAUAAUAAUUCAGCUUAAUUAAAAUAAAUAAAUCAUGUCAUACAGAAGUUUUUGAAAUUUUUAUAACAUGAAACAGAAAAUGAAAGAUCCUUUCCUUAAUUAUUAAAAUAUAUAGCUUGUAACAAAAAUGAACUAAUUAUUGAUAUUACUGAUAAUUAUGAGUAAGAAUUAUUGUAAGAUCAAAAAUUUUAAGAAUUUUUAUUAAAAUUUGAAAAAGAUGAAAUUAAACUAGAUUUUGAAAAAGGAGAGAGUGAAAAUGAAAUUCUUCUCAAUUAAAUUAAGUUGAUUUAUCAUUAAAAAGAAUAAAAUUUAAACUAAUUAAAGUAAUUAUAUGGGAAUUAACGUUGUGAUUAGUUGAUGAAAGAUUUGUAGAAAAGCGAAUCAUAACAUAAAGAAUAUCUAGUAAAACUUUUAGUGUGCAUAUAAUACUAAAUAUUUUUAUGA